UGCAAAACCAAAGGCACCCCUGUACCCUGCUACAGGGGGCUGGGGCAAGGGGGGUCUUAGGAUCCUUGUUUGUAGCAGGAACAUGCAGAACUAUGUUUCUUGCUUAGACAAACCUUAUCUUUUCUUGACUCUCAAUCCAGAAGUUUCCUUAGGUUUACUCGCGUUUUAUAAAUUGCUUUUCUUAAAAUUGUAAGUGGGCCACUGUUGCCGAUUUAGAAUUCAAAUAACCAGAAAUAUGUACAACUUUGAGUCAGUUUCAUAUGAUGGCUUCUGUAGUUUCUAUUGGUGUUCCUAAGGGUCUGCAAAAUCCUAAAGUUAUUUCUGUAUCAUCAGAGAAUCUGUUAUAUUCAGAAGAAUUUCAGUAAUAUGUAUGUUCUGUUGUACUUUCUUUGAAAAUCAGUGAUCUAGUGUAUAUGUGGAAAGUCUCAGCAAACCAGAAGUGCCCAGCACCCCAACUAUUCUGUAUAGUGAAUAAAGAGAGGUUUAAAAAAUAAUGUUUAAACAAAGACAGCAAAAUCUAGCAAGUAUAUUAGUUUUUGUAUUAGUUUCCUAUGUUGCGAUAACAAAUUACCACAAAUUUGGUGCCUUAGAAAAACACACAUUUAUUCUCUUAUAGUUCCGGAGGCCAGAACCCCGAAAUCAGAUUCCCCGGACUAAAGGCAGGAUGUGCUCCCUCUGGAGGCUCUAGGGCAAAGUCCAUGUCCUUCCCUUUUCCAGCUUCCAGACUUGCACUUCUUGGCUCCUGGCCUCUCUUCCUCCAUCUUCAAAGCCCGCAGUGGAGCAUCUUGCUUCAGAGUUCAUAUUGCUUUCUUCUCUGUUGUCAUCACUCUCUCUGCGUCCCUCUUGUAAGUACACAGGUGAUUGUAUUUAGAACCCACUGUAGUAAUGCAAGAUAAUCUUCCCAUUGGCCUUACAAGGUUUCAGGGAUUAAGACCUUGGAUAUCUUUGGGCCAUUAUUCAGCCGAGUGCAGUUACAGAUGUAAUUGUACACGUGGCAAAGCGCUUGCUUCCCAGUUGGUCUUUGGUUCCCAUGCACUUCUCAGGUGAGUCAUUGGAAAUGUUCUAGAAUGCUCCCACUGGAGAAAUACUACUUUGGUAAAUAUUAAUAAAAAGAUGUCAGAGCAAGUGCUUUGUUCCCGCCGGAGCUCACCCACCCAUCCGGCCUGCUCUGCUGCACUUGUAGACUUUCUGACUAAUUGGGCUCUUAGGUCACCUCUUGUCCUCUCUCCCAGAUUGCAGCUCUUCCUUGAGCAGUGGUGAAAAGACAGAGCAUUGACCGGAGUUCGGCCCUUCACCCUUUAGCUUGGAUAUAUCACUUCACUUCUGUGAGCUCCAGGUUCCCAUUAGGAAAACGGCAGUUUCUAGUCUGUCAGCAUGGAAACACUAUCAGAAGCAAACGGCACCUUUGCCUUGAACCUCUUGAAAAAGCUGGGUGAAAACAACUCGCAAAAUGUGGUUUUUUCACCCAUGAGCAUCUCCUCUGCCCUGGCCAUGGUCUUCCUGGGGGCCGAGGGGAACACUGCCACCCAGAUAUCUCAGGCACUUUCUUUAAAUAAAAGCAGAGGUGGAGGUGGAGAUGUUCACCAAGGUUUCCAGUCGCUUCUCACUGAAGUUAACAAACCUGGUACUCAGUACAUGCUCAGAACAGCCAACAGGCUCUUUGGAGAGAAGACAUAUGAUUUCCUGUCAUCUUUUAAAGACUCCUGCCGCAAAUUCUACCAAGCAGAGAUGGAAGAGCUUGACUUUGCUAAUGCUACAGAGGAGUCCAGAAAACACAUCAACACCUGGGUAGCCAAGAAGACAGAAGGUAAAAUUACAGAGUUGCUGUCUUCAGGUGCAGUUAAUUCGAUUACUAAGCUGGUUCUCGCGAAUGCCAUCUAUUUCAAAGGAAACUGGGAUACUCAGUUUAACAAAGAGCAGACGAAGGAAAGACCUUUUAAAAUCAGCAAGAAUGAGGAGAAGCCUGUGCAAAUGAUGUUUAAGAAAUCUACUUUUAAAAUUACCUAUAUAGGAGAAAUAUUCACCCAAAUUCUAGUGCUUCCGUAUGUCGGGAAGGAGCUGAAUAUGAUCAUCAUGCUUCCGGACGGAAACACGGAUUUGAGCACGGUGGAAAAAGAACUUACUUAUGAGAAAUUCAUGGAAUGGACAAGGCCAGACAUGCUGGAUGAGGAAGAGGUAGAAGUCUUCCUUCCUAGAUUCAAGUUAGAGGAGAAUUAUGACAUGGAGGAUGUCCUUCGCAGUCUGGGCAUGGCUGAUGCCUUUGACCAGGGCAGGGCAAACUUCUCUGGAAUGUCCUCCAAGAGAGACCUGUAUCUAUCCAAGGUUGUGCACAAGUCUUUUGUGGAGGUCAACGAGGAAGGCACAGAGGCAGCGGCUGCCACUGCUGCUAUCAUGAUGAUGCGCUGCGUAAGGAUCACCCCCCGGUUCUGUGCUGACCACCCCUUCCUCUUCUUCAUCCAGCACACCAAGACAAAUGAGAUUCUGUUCUGCGGCCGGGUCUCCUCUCCAUAAGGAAGAGGAGUCAUUUGUUGUAGCCUUUCUCCUUUCUCCUACCACGUGCCUUUCCUCUGACACUUUCUCCUACCACGUGCCUUUCCUCUGACACUUAACAAUGUGCCUAUAACCUAGAGUGACCUUAUUAGUGUGGUGGUGACGGUUUAGAAAUAAAGGACCUGAUUUUGACAUUCCUGGUUCAGAACUCUUGUGUAUGUGUGUUUACA